AUGUCGGACAAGAAGAAAAAUCUGUUGAAACAAAUAGAAGAACUUGACAAAAGACUUCCAAAGAAUACUUUUGAUCAACUGAUCAAUGAAUUAGGGGGGCCAGAAAAUGUUGAAUUCGAGUCUCGCUCAGAAUCCGGAGAAUCUUCGAGAAUCUUUGGAUGUCAUCAUGUCAAUGUCCGUGAGAAAAACAGUUUUAUUUCGGGAGAAAAACUAGUGGCCAUCAUCUCUGAAGCUUCAAACAUCGUUUCAUUUAUUCAUUCACGGGUCAACACUCCAGAAUACCUCAUAUUGAUCUCGGAAUUAGCUGGUGAGCAGAGAUUCGUAUCUAGUUUAGCCAAACGGCUUCAAAACUUAGAUGCACUUAUUCACGGUGAUCGACGCGCUGAUGAACAGCGAGACCUUGGUCAGUUCAAUGUGGAAACUGAAUAUGGUCAAGCGGCGGUCAAAGCCAUUAUGGAAGCAGUGAUGGGUCGUAAUAUUACUCCAAUUGUAUCACCUCCUGCUGAUUACGAAGGAAACUUUUUCAGAGAUGCUAAAGUUGGACUGAAGAAUCUUGGGAUCACAGAUUCCAAUGAUAUCAACGUUACGGUAUUUUUAAACCGCCUUCUAGGCAUGCCAGUUGACCUUCAGAAAAGACUAUUCCAAUAUUUUACUGAAACCCUGGCAAGCAUCGAAAAUCGGACCAAAGAAAAUGGUAAUUUUGAUCUUGGCAUCUUGGAUUUGGAAUUUGCCCCCAAAAAAGUACAAAGAAGAAAAACCUUGAAGUUCACCAUCCGCCACUCAACUGGAACUGCAGACACUUUCCUACAAACCUUUCUGAUAGAUAAAGGAAUAUCUUGGAGGAGAGCAGAGGAAAAAUUUGCAAUUUUGGAUGGAGCUAAUGAAGGCUUUUACGUUUCAACAGGGAAACCAAUAACAGCGCAAUUAGUUGCAAAGAGUGACACAACCGGAUUUACACCAUCACGCGAGUAGAAGUCCUUUCUACUAACGCAGAAAACAUUGGCUGAUGUUGGAAAGUUGUUUAGGAUGAUAAGUAUAGAAGAAGCUAAACCACUUUGGAAAACUGAAUUAAAAACUUCCAAAACAAUGUGUUACCAUGAGCGCUGGGGAAGAAAAUGUGAUCAAACGACUGGGUAAUGUGACACUGGUCUUCGUUAUGACAAGAGCAAAAUACUCUCCGGGCCUGUGUUGUCUGUCUGGGCAAAAGUUGAGGCCGUUAUAAUAGCCUGUGGAAAAAUGGAUAUUGUUCGAUUGCGUAGUGGAGGUACGGAAAAUAUUGGAAUUUAUGUUCCAAGUAGUUGUAUCCCUCAGAUAAUUGAGUUGCUGACGAAAGAGUCUGAAAAUGUCAACGAAAAAAUGUUCUAAAACAAUUUUUUUCGAUUUUUUUUUCAUUUUUUUAUUCAUUUUGCAUGCUUUUGACCGUUCACCUUUUAAAGCCUGCUGAACAAAUAUUUGUGUGUGAAUGUUCUGUCAGUCGUUCCGUUAAUGAAACAAAAUGCAAUUGCCACCCGUUUCAGUUUGCAGCACAAGAUACAGAAAUUCUGUUAUUCGUGUCAGAGUAUCAAUAAAUUAAUUUUUUCCGUA